AUGGCCCUCAAGCGCAUUAACAAGGAACUCACUGAUCUCGGCCGGGAUCCCCCGUCCUCCUGCUCUGCUGGACCCGUUGGAGAUGAUCUGGUAUGGCUUCCAUUCAGCUCUUCUUUCUCUUCGCAAAUGUUCCAGACGAACCUCCGAUGCCGAAAGAGUCCUUCUUUGGCCAUGGGGUUGAAUCAAACCUUCGGUACCCGAGCGCCGCCGGGCCAAGACUUUAUUCGCCAACAGUUCCACUGGCAAGCCACUAUCAUGGGUCCUUCCGACUCGCCGUACUCUGGGGGUGUCUUCUUCCUUACCAUUCACUUCCCCACCGACUACCCUUUCAAGCCUCCUAAGGUCAACUUCACCACCCGAAUCUACCAUCCCAAUAUCAACUCCAAUGGCAGUAUCUGUCUCGAUAUUUUGAGGGACCAAUGGAGCCCCGCCCUCACAAUCUCGAAGGUCUUAUUGUCGAUCUGCUCCAUGCUCACAGACCCCAAUCCUGAUGAUCCGCUGGUGCCCGAGAUUGCGCACGUCUACAAGACAGACCGUCCACGAUACGAGGCGACGGCGCGUGAGUGGACUCGCAAGUACGCUAUCUAA